GUUGAAAUUUCACUUAAGCAGCCACAAAUCAACAACCUUAUUUAAUAUUCCUUCUUCUUCACCAAGUAACGAUAACUUCUCAAAAUUUAGAGAAAAUAAGAAGAAGAAAAUUCAUAUAAAAGGGAAGAACACAAAAAACAGAGAGAUUUAUACAGAAAUCUGAAAACCGAGAAGCCAGAAUAAUUUACAGAGGGAGCAAUGAAUGGAGGGACGAGAAAUGAAGAAUCUGAAGCGACCCAGAAGCGCGUCUGUGAUUACUGUGGGACUUCAAUGGCGCUGCUGUACUGCAGAGCCGACUCAGCCAAGCUCUGCUUCUCCUGCGACCGUGAGGUCCACUCGACCAAUCAGCUUUUCACAAAGCACACUCGCUCGCUGCUCUGCGACGCAUGUGAUAAAUCCCCUGCCUCCAUUUUUUGCACGACGGAGGGCUCUGUUCUGUGCCAGAACUGUGACUGGGAAAGCCAUAAUCAUACGUCGUCGUCGGCUGCGAUGGCGGUGCACGAUAGGAGGCCGCUGGAGGGCUUUUCUGGGUGUCCUUGUUUGAGUGAGCUGCUUGCUGUUGUUGGGUUUGAGAAUAUGGAUAAAAAAGCUCUGCUUUUGAGUGAUGAGGGUGUUGGCGGCGGUGGCGGAGGUAGUGGGUUUUGGGGAUGUAGGGUUGGUGGGGUUGAUGGGUUUUCGGAUUUGGAAGAAGGGUUUUCGGACUUUCCAGUUUGGGAUACUCCCUCUGUUGUUAGUCUUGAUGAUUUGAUUGUUAACAAUCCGGCUUACAAAUUUCAGGCCAUGGGAGUUCCUCCUCUGCCUAAGAAUCGCAAUGCUGCGUGCGGUCAGCACAAGGAAGAGAUACUUCAUCAGCUUCGUGUGCUUGUCAAGUCGGAACCCAACUUGUUUAGUGAAGAUAUGGAUGUUAAAUCCCCCAAGGGAUUCCAAUCCCUCGCGUCCGAACAAAAUGCGCAACCAGGACGUUUCUUCACAGGUUUUGAACAUGAUGCAGAGCCAACUGCGUUUCCUGCUUAUGGGGCCCGUGAAUCGCAGUAUAAUGAUUGCGGCAAGGCAGAAAAUCAAGAUUCGCACCCGAAAACAUUGCUAAGGAGCUACCUUCAGGACUGCGGUGUAGUUCCUGACAAACAUUCGUACAAUGAUGGCAGUGGAAGUCGUUUUAAUGAGGGUUAUGGAGGGGAAAUGAACUCCGGAGCCUCUUCAGCUUUUCCAAAAGUUGUUCCACAUUGUCAAAACAGAGAGACCGCUCUCUCGCGGUACAAGGAGAAGAAGAAAACAAGGAGGUAUGAGAAGCACAUCAGAUAUGAAUCGCGGAAGGUUCGAGCAGAAAGUAGGACGAGAAUUAAAGGACGUUUCGCGAAGAUGGACCGCUGAAAGAAUGGCAAGAAAAUGUGACAUUUAGACUAAGACUUCUCUUUCCUCCUACUCACGCAUUGCCUUCGUCUUCAAACAGCUUUGACAUUCAAAUCAGAUGAGGAAUAGAUGAAAAAAGUUUGUACUGAGAUUGGCUCGGAUUAGAAAAACAUUUUGCAAGAGUCGACAAAACAACUGUUAUGCAGUCCUAAGAAAAUUAAGAUGCUAUUAUAGUGAUUAAGGAUUGUUUAUUAUUAUGGUCAACCCUAGCCGCUCCAGCUUUUCUCUCUCGUAGGAAAUCCCUCAAAAUCCCAUCCUUCACCGCCGACUCCUUCCUUUGGUUGGAGUCAGCCGGCUUUCUCUUGUUGCUACCUCUUUUUUUUCUCCUCUUUAGCCCGUUACCCACGCCCUCAGUCCUCCUCCUCCCCCCUCCGCCCUUUUCCCUCUUGCCGCAACCCAACCCGUUACCCACACCCUCAAGUCCCCCCCCUUCCCCUGUCAAGCUUUCCCUCCUCUGGUUUUCUCCUACGAUGCUUUAUUUCUGUUUUCCUUUUGGCUUUCUUUGAGCUUUGUCUCAAUUUUCUUCAGUUUUGUCUCAAUUUCCUGAGCUUGUUUCAUAUCGGAACCUUUAGACACCUCUCUUGCUCCGAUGCUUCCUUCCAUUGAGUGUCCACAACUACCAACCACUGCUACCAGACCCCUGGUGCUUCUCCUUGGUGACGUGCUUGGGUUUUGGAUGGUUGUUAAAGUGUUUUUUGCACUAUUCGGUAGGAUUAUGGGAGCGUUCACUGCAUUGGUGGCUCGCUCACCCCCAUUUUCCGUUGAUCAUGUUGCUCUGUUUUUUUCCUUUUUUUGUGGUGGUGGCCUUUCGAUGGUGGCGCGUCAGAUUCGAUGGUGACUGCUGGUUUCCUCUUUAAUUUUAGGGUUUCUGUUGUUUUUCAAUUAUGCCUUUUGGGCUUUGUGUUGUAUUUACUUUUUCUUGAUAGGCUUGUAUUUAGGUUGUGGGAUGCCUUUUGGGCUCUCUUUUCAUUGUAUUAGUCUUUUUGUUUAAUGGAAAAGUAACUUAGCUUGUCCAAAAAAAAAAAAGGAUUGUUUAUUAUUAAUCUUAUGUUUAGGUUUU